AUGGGGGCAUCUUGCUCCUGCCCGUUUGCUUUCUACCUCGAUCUCGAAAAUGGUUUAGAAGCCGUCCUUAAAUCCAUGGACGAGCCCACCACAAAAUCACUCGAAGCCUUUGUGAGGUUGGGUACAAAAGAUGAGGCCAGGCCCAUGAUGGAAUUUGACGCGUUUAUGGGCCCAUCGAAUAUGGGCCCGAAGAGCCCAAAGAACGAGGCCGCCGUUAAGCUCCAGAAAGUUUACAAGAGCUUUCGGACGAGAAGAAAGCUGGCCGAUUGUGCGGUCCUGAUUGAGCAGAGCUGGUGGAAGCUUCUGGAUUUUGCAGAACUUAAACAUAGUUCAAUCUCGUUUUUCCAUGUUCAAAAGCACGAGACGGCUGUUUCCAGGUGGUCCAGAGCAAGAACAAGGGCUGCCAAGAUGGAAAGAAAGCCUUAUGAAGUGGCGGUAGAGGACGGGAAGCUAAUUUACAGGGAAAGUGGGGAGUUUUUGAACACGAUUGACGAGCCAAAGGGUACUAAGUGGAUUUUUGUUCUGAGCACAUCAAGAACAUUAUAUGUAGGGAAAAAGAUAAAAGGUUUAUUUCAACACUCGAGUUUUCUAGCUGGAGGAGCUACACUAGCUGCUGGGAGAAUUGUAGCCGAAAAUGGCAUCUUAAAGGCAGUUUGGCCUCACAGUGGUCAUUACCGGCCAACGCGCGAAAAUUUCCAGGACUUCUUAUCAUUUAUGAGAGAUAACAAUGUAGAUCUCACCCAUGUUAAGCUUGAUUCCAUUGACGAAGAAGAUUCAUCGACCACAAAACACAUUAGAAGCAACUCGUCUUAUGAUGACUUGUUUGGCAAAGAACGCCCUUUGGUAGAAGAAAACGUUCGAUUUAACCCAAAAGAAGAAAACGAGAGCGUCAAACUUGGCCUAAAUAAACUCAAGUCUCUCGUUAUACCACGCAAGGGUGACAAGAAUAUAUUAUUCUUAGAAUCACCGUUUGAUGAAAAUUUGACGGCAAAAGAUGUACCUUUGGUUGACGAUGAAGAAGAACACGAGACUAUUCCGGAAGAGCACAUAUUGGAAAGAAUUAAGUGCCACAAGAAAAUGGGGUCUUUCCAAUUGGGAAAGCAAUUGAGUUGCAAGUGGAGCACAGGGGCCGGGCCAAGAAUCGGGUGUUUGAGAGAUUAUCCUUCGGGUUUGCAGUGCCAUGCUUUGGAGAAAGUGAAUUUGUCUCCAAGAAGCAAACGUAAUUUGAGAUUCGAAUUUCCCGCUCGUUCGUCAACUCCAACCAGUAGUAGUAAUCUUUCGCGUAGUUUAGGACAGUUUUUGUUACUCUCAGGCUCAGCUCCUUGUGAAAUGGGAAAG